AUGAUUCUGUUCUUGUCCUCCCGCCAAACUCGUGUCCUUAUCCAUACCACCUUCACCAAGUCGCCUUCGCUCGCUAUACGAUGCCAUUCUGGUGACGUGGACCAUAACAACGACCAACCUGGCUUCUUCAACACUUUCCACCGCGUCCUCCUCUUCCUACAGCGACCGACCACGGACGCACCGCCGCCGUUCAUCGAGCAUUGGUCCUCCGUCGCCGCUGUCGUUGGACGGUCACUCGUCGCAACACUUGGGCGUGAAUGCCCGUCAACCGCCCCUCUCACCAAUACCCGGUAUGUUACCUACAUUCCAGUCUACCACAACUGUCUCAAAACAACGAGAGACAACGAGAGACAACGAGAAACAGCGCCAAAUCCGGCCCUUGUCUCUGCUUCUGUGCUCCUGUUUGCGCCUGCGCUCUGCGACUGGUCGCGUCCCUCUCCAAGCCCCGACGGCGGCUGGUCCAGCCCUGGCCUGAACAUCAACGGAAGCGGUCGUUCAAGUCCAUCCAAGUCGUACGGCGACUCACAUGGCGGCUCAUCCCUCCAUUCGCGCAACUCGGGCGCAAGCAAAUACCCAUCCUUUGCCACACAGAACCAAGGCUUCUUCACCAGACACAUGCGCCAACUCUCGAGCAGUUUACCACGCUUCAACGCGAACACCCCGACGUCGCGCGCCUCAUCGUACUCUGACAAGGACAAACCAAGAGGGCGGUGGGAAUUUAGCAAGUCGUCGCUUCUCGGACGCGUGAAACUCUUUUUUGCGCACAUGGGACGCACAGCGAGAAUCCGCUGGGCCAUCGUGCUGGCGUUACUUGCCGCGAUAUACAUAUUUUACCAUUCCCCUCUUGUCUACUAUUGGCGGAGAACAGCAUGGCUGGGCGGUGGAGAGAAGUUUGUCAUCAUCCUGGCUGCAAACGUUGGCGGUGGUGUCAUGGAAUGGAAGGGCGCGCGCGAGUGGGCGAUUGAGAGAGACAGCACACGAAACAAGAAGCGCUACGCCGCGCGCUGGGGCUACGAUCUCGAGAUUGUCGACAUGAGCACGAAGAAACGCUACGCUCACGAGUGGCGUGAGAGCUGGGAGAAGGUCGAUUUUAUCCGGCAGGCGAUGCGGAAGUAUCCCAAGGCCGAAUGGUUUUGGUGGCUGGAUCUCAACACAUUUGUCAUGGAGCCCUCGUACUCACUGCAGGACCAUAUCUUCAACGACCUCGAAAAGCAUAUCUACCGCGACAUCAACGAGUACAAUCCCCUCAACCUCACUCACCCCUUCAAUGACGUAUACCUCGACGACGUGUCACGGAGCACAGUCGGCAAUGGCCAGGCAAACUCGGUCAACUUCAUUCUGUCGCAGGACUGCUCUGGCUUCAACCUGGGCUCCUUCUUUGUGCGCAAGAGCGAGUGGACGGACCGUCUGCUCGACGUGUGGUGGGACCCUGUCUCCUACGAGCAAAAGCACAUGGAGUGGGAGCACAAGGAGCAGGACGCCCUGGAGCAGCUCUACACGGCACAACCUUGGAUCCGCCAACACGUGGCCUUCCUGCCCCAGCGCAUGAUCAACAGCUUCCCCGAAGGCGCCUGCUCGGAGAAUGGCAACAACACGCGUUUCCAUUACGAGCAGAAUGACCGUGAUUUCCUCGUCAACAUGGCUGGCUGCGAAUGGGGCCGCGAUUGCUGGGGCGAGAUGUACAACUACCGUGAACUCAGCUACUACCUCAACCGUUCGCUGUGGGAGCGGUUUAAGGAGGAUCUACUGUGUGCCGCCUGGUUCAAGUUGACGGGCCAAAAAGUCAAGUUUUGA